AUGUCUAACGAAUCUAACGACCUUGAAAAAAACAUUUCGCACUUGGACCCGACCGGUGUUGACAAUGCUUAUAUUCCACCUGAACAGCCGGAAACGAAGCAUUCGCGUUUUAAUAUUGACAGAGAUACCUUAAGAAACCACUUUAUCGCUGCUGUGGGUGAGUUUUGCGGUACCUUCAUGUUUUUAUGGUGUGCUUACGUCAUUUGUAAUGUCGCUAACCAUGAUGUGGCUUUGACAACCGAGCCUGAGGGCUCUCAUCCAGGUCAAUUGAUCAUGAUUGCCCUUGGUUUCGGUUUCUCUGUGAUGUUUUCUAUCUGGUGUUUCUGGUGGGGCUUUGAACCCAGCCGUUUCUCUCUCUUUGUGUUUGGCCAGAGCCAUCUCACCAGCCAGAUGUGUAGUGAUGUGGUUUCCUCAGAUCAUUGCUGGGAUGGCUGCUGGUGGUGCCGCUAG